AUGGCUCAAGAAGGCAUGUUCAGCGCCAACCUCCUCUCCGCUGAAGUCAGCGCCGCUCUCCCCGAGGGAUAUACUCUGCGCGCUCUGCGAAAGUCCGACUUUACCAGCGGUUUCCUCGACUGUCUGCGCGUUUUGACCACUGUUGGCGACAUCACCGAAGCCGACUUUGCCAAGCAGUACGAUGACAUGCUUGCUGCUGGCAGUUACUACAUUAUCAUCAUUGAGGACACCUCGCGAGGUGAUAAGCCUGUUGUUGGAACCGGUGCCUUGAUCACUGAGCGCAAGUUCAUUCACAGCCUGGGCGCUGUAGGCCACAUCGAAGAUAUCGCCGUCGCAAAGGACCAACAGGGCAAGAAGCUCGGUCUCCGAAUCAUACAAGCCCUCGACCACAUCGCCGAGCAAGUCGGUUGCUACAAGAGCAUUCUCGACUGCAGCGAAGCCAACGAGGGUUUCUACGUCAAGUGCGGCUUCCGACGAGCCGGCUUGCAGAUGGCCCACUACUAUGAAGGAUCAAAGAGUAAAUCCCAGUGA